UUCGUCCAGUAUUCCUUCUACUCUAAUUUCUUAUUAUGAGAUUCCACCGUAUUCGGCGAUCGGUGCUAAUAGUUUGAGACUUGUUUUUCCAGAUUUUUCAGAGAGCAAUGAGGAACUGCGGUGGAUUUCUGAAGAUCAAGUUUAUUUCGCUGGAUUUCAAUGCUCCAACAACAACUGCAGUUGAACCCUAUUUUUGCAUCGAUUAUGGUGAUGGAAGGUCUUUCAAAACUCCUGUUGCAACUAUGGAAAGACCUGAAGUGUUUAAGUGGUCACAAAUGGAAGAUACUCUUGAUUUCGACAUUCCACGUGGAGCGGACGAAGUUCAUUUGUUUCUUGUGGACAGGCUUACCGAUACUCGCUGGGGAUUGUACAAUAUGGCAGUAUCUGAGUUGAAUCGCUCUCCACUACCAGAGGUUCAAUUGGAGGUUAUCUCUGAUCCGAUAACCGGAUCAUUGCAUCCAUUAACACGCGGAGAUCUCUUUCUCGGAGCAAAGUUAACAUUUGCAUAUGAUUUUUUUCCCACGGUAUAUACUACUUGUAGGAAGUUCGGUCUCGAUUCAAACUUCUUGGCCUUGGCCUUGACUCCAGAAGCUACCGAUCCUAAUGAUUCUUUUUAUCUUAAAUUUGAUGGCUGGCCAUAUGGAAACCUUACCAGGAAUGGCAUUGGGCCAUUCAGCUCUCUAGAAGAUGUUACUGGCCAAGGCUAUAUUUGGUCUCAUUGGGCACCUGGACCUGGUGUACCUGCGGAGCUUGGAGUGUUUAAUGAAUCAACCAAGAAUUACAUUACAAUUGAUGUCUACCGUGCUGCAGAUGACACAGUAUCAGCAACCGGAGUGUGAGUAUCAACAUAACUUAAUGUUACUUAUUAUUUCAAACCCAAGGGAAUGUCAACUAGUUAAAAAUUGUUCCUAGGAAUGAGCAUAUAUUUCAUUUUUCACAUAAAUGUCUCGUUUUCAUUUAGUAAGUUCUUUGUGUAGUGUAUGUGAAGUAUUGGAAGUAACACUAUAGAUUGAUUACGUCUUAAUUGAUGUACUUUCUUCUAUUCUCUGUCUUGCUAAGUGGUUGGUGGUAGUUGUUCAUUGGUGGUAUUGGACACUGGUAUGCUCUUAAUAAGGAAAAUAGAUGAAGGACUUAAAAUGUCAUGGCUCUAGCUACUUAAGAUACACAUUGGUUUAUAAAUAUUAUGAAAUCAUGUUGUUUUACUAGUGUAUUACCAUGUUCUCUGUGAUGUAUUUUUUAGACCCAUGAAAUCAUGUUGUUUUACUUAUGGAAGUUGUAAAUUUGAGUAAUACUAUGAAAUUAGAAAUAUUUUGGGAUGCAUUAUUGGUAUCUUGUAUAUGAAAUUGUUUCUUGUAACUUAAAGAUGAGAGCCCGUAUAAGAAGAAAGAUGACAAGAGGUUGGUUUUGGAAAUUCCGGGUUCACUCUAUAUAAUUUAGCAUCGUAGUCUAUAUUGUACCAUUUGAAAUUUCAAGUCACAAACUUUGAGGUUUCAAGAAAUAGGUGUAAAGGUGUAAAUAGGUGUACAAUAUAGACUACGAUGCUAAAUUAUAUAGAGUGAACCCGGAAUUUCCAAAACCAACCUCUUGUCAUCUUUCUUCUUAUACGGGCCCUCAUCUUUAAGUUACAAGAAACAAUUUCAUAUACAAGAUACCAAUAAUGCAUCCCAAAAUAUUUCUAAUUUCAUAGUAUUACUCAAAUUUACAACUUCCAUAAGUAAAACAACAUGAUUUCAUGGGUCUAAAAAAUACAUCACAGAGAACAUGGUAAUACACUAGUAAAACAACAUGAUUUCAUAAUAUUUAUAAACCAAUGUGUAUCUUAAGUAGCUAGAGCCAUGACAUUUUAAGUCCUUCAUCUAUUUUCCUUAUUAAGAGCAUACCAGUGUCCAAUACCACCAAUGAACAACUACCACCAACCACUUAGCAAGACAGAGAAUAGAAGAAAGUACAUCAAUUAAGACGUAAUCAAUCUAUAGUGUUACUUCCAAUACUUCACAUACACUACACAAAGAACUUACUAAAUGAAAACGAGACAUUUAUGUGAAAAAUGAAAUAUAUGCUCAUUCCUAGGAACAAUUUUUAACUAGUUGACAUUCCCUUGGGUUUGAAAUAAUAAGUAACAUUAAGUUAUGUUGAUACUCACACUCCGGUUGCUGAUACUGUGUCAUCUGCAGCACGGUAGACAUCAAUUGUAAUGUAAUUCUUGGUUGAUUCAUUAAACACUCCAAGCUCCGCAGGUACACCAGGUCCAGGUGCCCAAUGAGACCAAAUAUAGCCUUGGCCAGUAACAUCUUCUAGAGAGCUGAAUGGCCCAAUGCCAUUCCUGGUAAGGUUUCCAUAUGGCCAGCCAUCAAAUUUAAGAUAAAAAGAAUCAUUAGGAUCGGUAGCUUCUGGAGUCAAGGCCAAGGCCAAGAAGUUUGAAUCGAGACCGAACUUCCUACAAGUAGUAUAUACCUAAAAUACAAGACAACCAAAUGAAACAAAUCAAAUCAACCACAUAUUGUUAACAAAUACAAUCUGUAUAUGUUUGGCACAUUCAUAAGCAAUUUAAUCUAAACUAUCCAAACAACAUAUAUAAAUAGAAAUCAUAUGUUAAGUUUACCUACCGUGGGAAAAAAAUCAUAUGCAAAUGUUAACUUUGCUCCGAGAAAGAGAUCUCCGCGUGUUAAUGGAUGCAAUGAUCCGGUUAUCGGAUCAGAGAUAACCUCCAAUUGAACCUCUGGUAGUGGAGAGCGAUUCAACUCAGAUACUGCCAUAUUGUACAAUCCCCAGCGAGUAUCGGUAAGCCUGUCCACAAGAAACAAAUGAACUUCGUCCGCUCCACGUGGAAUGUCGAAAUCAAGAGUAUCU